AUACUCAGAUGUCAGAUAAAUCAAAGAAAUUUUGUAAGCAAUGUAAGGAAGAGGUUGGAGAAGGCAAAGAGGUGAAAAUAAAAAAAACUCUCAAAGUUGGAAGUAGUUCGAAUUACCGUGCGUCUUAUUAUCUCUGUCCGAAUUGCUAUGAUAAGUUGGAACAAGAAUUAGCAAGUAAAAAAGAGAGUUAUGCUUGGGCUUGGAUUUUGGGAGGAACUGUUGUUUUGGUGAUAAUUAUUGUAGCUGCUUCUGUGAUUGAUGACAAUCCUAAUAUUUGUCGGAGCAUACUCAAUGAAUUUAUCUCUUUUGGAUUGUGUCGAGAUUGUCGAAAAGAAAAUAAAAAAGAUUGUGUUAGAUGCCCAAAAGAAUUAUCAAUAGUUGGUUCUCCUUAUUAUCCAGCCAUCGAAAAACAGCACGAUGAAAGAGUAUUAUUAGUAAAGCAAGAAGUAAGACAGAAGGAGGAAAUUAAGACCGAAAAUAUUAAUAACUUUCCACUUAAUCAGAAAAUAAUUAUUUGGGAUUAUAUCAUUAGUCGAUCCAGUAAAAGAGGCGAACACAAAAAAGAAGUAAUCGAAGGUUUAUAUUUGCUGGGCUGGAAAGUCGGUUUAAGAAUUAGCGAAGCCCUUAAUUUUGAUUUAAGUUUAGAGCAUGGGGAAACUCAAUAUAAAAAUCUCUAUUUACUGAGAGGCAAAGGUAAAAAAGAAAGCAAGUUUUUAGAGCAAGUAAAAAAGGAGAUGAAUAUCGCGGAGAAUAUUGAAUUAUCCCCUCAUACUCUUCGAAGAUGCUUUGCUACUUACCAAGCCAUUUCAGGAAUGCCUUUGCCGGUGUUGCAGAAA